AUGUUCAAAACAAUUAUGAAGACUGUAAAAUAAGAAAAAACCAAAUCUUCAUUAUCUGAAUAAUAGGAUAUUACUUAGAUACCAAAAAUUGAAGAAAAAUAAUUUAAUAUCAAUUUCAAUAGAUAAAUUUUUGAAUAUUUACCUUAUUAAAUCCCUAAUUCAAUUGAUGCUAUAUUUUAUUUUAAAGAAAUACUAACACAACAAUAAUAGGAAUAUUUAAUGAAAGAAAUAUAUAAUUAACCUAAAAGAUGGGUUGAUUUACCUCAUUCAAAUAGAAGAGUUUAGAAAUAUGGUGGAGAUGUUAAAGAGGAAGGUCUAAUCAAUGUAGAAAAAUUUCCAGAAUUUUUAACUUAAUUAUCAGUAUUGAUUAAUUUUAGAUUAUUAGAAUUUAUGCUUUUUAGAUGAUAAUACUUUAAAUAUUAAUCAUGCCUUAAUUAAUGAAUAUGCUCCAGGUAUUGGUAUCCAUCCUCAUUUUGAUGGCCCUCUAUAUCAUAAUUUUGUUAAUAUCUUUAGUAUCAAUAGCACUUGCAUUUUUAAAUUUAAAAAACAAGAUGAAUCCCUUAAACUUUUUGUAGAACCAGGCAGUCUAUUAAUUUUUACUAAACAAGCAUAUACUGAAUGGUUACAUGGAAUAGAUUAUCAUCAUGAUGAUACAAUUUUAUUGAAUAUAAAAGAGAAUUAAGUAUGUCAUACAGAUUUGAUUAAUUUCCAUCAAACAUUAUUUUAUCAAAACUUAUAAAAAGCUGAAAAUAUAAUUGAAUAUUUGAAUAAUUAACCUAAUUAUGAAUUAUGUCAAAUUUAAAAUAAUAAUUAAUACACUCAUUCAUUGAUUAUAAGAAGAUUGCUAAGAGUAUCAAUUACUUUAAGACAUGUACCUUAUAAUAGGAAAUGA